AUGAGUGAAGUUAAGGGAAUCAUUCCGUACAAAUUAUCCGAUUGCCUACUCCGGUUGAUGGGUCGGAUCUGGGACAAAGACCAGCUACCGGAGAAGCGGAAGGAGGGAUCAACAUUCCGUAUUAAAGCCAUUGCAACGUUAGCUAAGUCCUAUUUUUUUUUUAUUUUUCCUCUUCCAGCCUCGCUAUCGGCCAUCGGAACUCCGAUCGGAUGUCUGCUCAGCGGUUACGUGAUGGACAACUUUGGCCGCAAGAAGGCACUGCUGUUCACCGAGAUCCCCAUGAUCAUCGGCUGGAUCGUGAUCGCAUGCGCAACAAACGUGGAGAUGAUCUAUGCAGGUCGGGUGCUAACCGGAUUCGGUUCCGGCAUGGUCGGUGCUCCAGCUCGUGUCUACACCUCGGAAGUAACUCAACCUCAUUUGAGGGGUAUGCUUUGUGCUUUGGCUUCUACCGGUAUCAGCUUGGGAGUUCUGUUCCAGUAUACUCUGGGAGCAGUGACCACGUGGAAGAUAUUGUCGGCCAUUUCUGCCUGUGUACCGGUGUUGGCAUUCGUAUUGAUGCUGUUCAUGCCGGAAACGCCUAAUUAUUUGGUCACUAAGAACAAGCCGGAUCAGGCACUGAAGAGUUUGGCCAAAUUGCGAGGAUCGACAUAUAAUCUGGAACGGGAAGUAAAUCAGCUGCAGACUUUCGCACAGAAAAGCAAUCAGAAGAAAAAGAUGUCCCCAAGGGAAACCAUCCAAGCUCUGCUGCAUCCGUCCUGUUUGAAGCCGUUCGGAAUUUUGACUCUCUACUUCAUGAUGUACCAGUUCAGUGGAGUGAACACGAUCACCUUCUACGCUGUGGAGAUCUUCCGUGACUCGGGCACUACCAUGGACAAAUACACCUGUACCAUUAUGUUGGGUGUGAUCCGAUUCGUGUUUACGAUUUUGGCAGCGGUUUUGUUACGAAGGUGCGGACGCCGUCCGUUGACUUUCAUAUCCGGAAUCGGUUGUGGCGUUACCAUGAUCGGUCUGGGCACGUACCUGUACUUCAAGAAAACUUGGGAAGAAGCAGAUCCUCCGAUUGCUCCGACCGCUACCUGGUUCCCUGUGGCGUGUAUCUUCAUCUUCACGAUCACCUGCACCCUGGGCUUCCUGGUAGUCCCAUGGGUGAUGAUCGGUGAGCUGUACCCCAUGAAGGUCCGAGGACUGGUCGGUGGAAUGACCACCUGCAUGGCCCAUUCGUUUGUGUUCAUCGUCGUCAAAACCUACCCGUUGUUGGCCCACGUGCUGCAGAGGCAUGGAGCCUUCAUCCUGUACGGGUGCAUUUCGUUCUUAGGAACGAUAUUCUUCUAUCUGUGUCUACCGGAGACCAAGGGCAAGUCCCUGCAAGAAAUCGAAGACUACUUCUCUGGUCGCAUUAAGUCGCUAAAGAAGUCCAAACAGCUCGAGGCCGAAACCGGUCAGCUGAACAACAACUCCAAGCCACAGCUGUUGACGGUGGAGAAGAACAAGCUACUUCCGUAAGACGGACGGCAAACUCGGAAAAGACACCACGGAAGUACCCUUAGGUGCAAAAGUGCUUGAAGAAACGUGAAGUAUUCUAAAGACAUCAACAUUUUACUCCGUUACAAUGAUAGAUCGAUAGAUAGGUAGAUAGAAAGAUAGAAAGUGAUACUCGCAGCCAGUCCCUUCUCAAAGUGUUUUCUUUAUCGUCGAUUCCCCGUGCUGUUUUCCAGUUAUAGAACUCUAAGGUUUUAUGUUCCUCCGACCUAGAUCUGUAUACUAAGCUGAGAGUGAUUGUUUGUAAGAUUGUGUGACGCGAGGAGAAGUCUGUAUGUUAUAAGCUAAGACUUUUUCCUUUCUGAAAGUAUUACUUGACAACAUUUUUUCCCUCAGAAAAGUUUCCUCUGUUAACAAUUUUUCCUUUAAGUUUGACAAUUUAAUCAUUUAAAAAUAAAAAGAAUAGCCUCAUUGGACGAACAGAAUAAAAACGCACAUUCUAGAUCUUACAAUCGAACAUGUGGGGAGGGAUCUGAAAAAAAGAAUAAUAUCUUCCACGAGCUUGAGAUGAUAUAUCUUGUUAAAUAAUGAUUUGUUAUAAAUCAGUAAGAAACUCAGGUAAACCGUAAGUGCUUUAAAGACAAAAAAUAUAACAGAAAAAAAAUCGAAGGAAACCCCACAUCGCGUGAAUUCCAAACGCUCAUAGAUGUGUGUGAUGAAAAAGAACGGAUGCUCCAAAAUAUACUGAUUGAGGGAGCAGAUAGAAGCCUUUAUUUUCUUCAAUUGUGAUAGCGGAUUUCAACUUAUAGAGUUAUUAGGUGAAGAAAAUUAAUGACUCACAAAACUGACUAGCUAGCUAAGUACUUAAUAGAAUCAAAUCAAAGCCAUCGAUUAGUGAUUGAUUGGUUGAUUAAGCUCAAUCAUCAUUUCGAAAAAUCGAUAGGCGAAAAGCUGAAAAGGUGCAGCAAACGGUAUAGAAGCGAGUGUUUUCUCACUCUCGAGAUAAACGCACUUUUUAGAAAUAUAUACUAAACAAACCGUAAAGAUGACGAAGAAAUACAUUGCAAAUUUUCAAUAUUA